UACGGUUGGGUUUUGUGAGAUGAGGGGAAUCAGUUUGCUGUUCGCUUCUCUUCUGUGUAUCACACAUAGAAAGUUCUAGAACUUUCUAAAACGAUAGAGUUCGUUACAUAAAUAACUGACUGUCCUUUUACCAACAGAAAAAAGGGAACUGAAGAGCUAUUCUGUUGCAACGAUUACGGGGUCUGCUGCUUUCAAGCCAACGUCUGGAAGACCUCAGGCUCGCCACAUUUUAUAUAUUUUUUUAUUUUAAUUAUGAAGACGCUAGCACUACCAGCUUGCUUAAUCCCGUACAGUACUUACAAUUACGGAAUUCAGUGCCUUUUUUACAUAACGGUAUUUUUGAUUCAAUACAUGUAAACCAAAAUAUUUUAAGUAGUUUUUUUACAUUGUUUUUGCAUUUCACUUGAAUAUUUUGCUCUCAUUCUACGCGCUCUGAUUGGUCAGUAUCACACAACAGACUAAUGUCAAACGGCCUUUCUUGCGCCACAUUGAGAACCUUACGGAAAAGAAAAACACCGCUUUUGGAAAUCGAAAAAAUCUUGGAUUGUGAAGAGUAGAGUGCGAAUGUUGCUUUUUCGGCUAAAACGAGAAAGCCGUUUCUGCAAGAUAACACUUCCGGUAACAAAAUAAAUGACGUGGGGACCUUUGUAACGAAGCGAACGAAAGGGUAGCCCCGCGUUUGAGUUCCUAAGCGACAAGAAGAUUGACAGCAAAAGACGGGUAAGGGCGGGACCAUCGGCGACGUUGUUGGGCAACCUCAUGAUUGACAGGGCCAAGCGCUUCCGGCCGCUGCUUGCUAGAGAGCUGCGGGAAGGAGCCGCAAUGGCGUCUGUCCUCUCGUCUUAGCGGCAGGGCAGGAGCUGUUUUCAAUUCGCAAACAUCGCCCUCAGUGUGGGCCAGAUAGCCUCCCGGGGCCACUCAAAAUAAACUAGAACAUUUACUGCACACGAAAAUACUUACAUUUCUGACCAAUAUAUAUUAUAAAGAGACUUAAAAUGAUGGCAUAUAUAUGUACAUAUAAAAAGGAACAUGUAAACAGCACCAACCGAUUCAGUUUUUCAUUUUCAGUUUAGUGAAGUAAAAUCGCCCAUGCACCACGGACCAAGACCGUAAAGUGAUGGAAUUUUGACACCUUUGCGUGAACACGCAGCCGGACUGUAGGGUAAUAAAAAAAAACUGCUAAGAUUAUAUCAGACUUUUUUAACAAAAGAAAAUAAACAGUCCGAGUAGCAGAGCCCGGCAGGAUCUCUCCGUCUUCGCCGCGAGCUUCAGCCCGCACCCUUUUUAUUUUUAUUUUUUGUUUUCGUGGAUCAAAAAUUUAAACUCGGAAGAGAAAAGCGGCACGCAGAACUGGAAUGAAUCGAACGGGAAGAUAAUAGAGCGAAAGACUGUGCUUUUCUGUUUUUUUGUCCGUGUUUUAUUAUUUUGGACGUGUUCGUUUUUCCAUACUUUUCUUUUUUAACUCCUUUUUCGUUUAAUGUUUUGGCUUGGUUGUGGAGGCCCAGCUUUGUGCAGGUGGCGCGCUACCAGGAGGAAUGCCCGGGUCUGAGGGACAUCAUGGGCGCAAGAAGCAGGACGGAGGCGCCACCGCCUCCCAACAACACUUUCAGCCUUCUGCCGCCAACACCACAGGCAAGGACGCCAAGCUGCAGCAGCAACAACAGCUCAAGGCCUCAUCGUCCUCCACCUCAUCUGCUAAGCACAAGCGACACAAGUCCUCCAAGCAUAGUCGGGAAAGCUUGGCCUAUGGCUCUGGGUCAGCUGCCAGCACCAUGGCGCCCCCAGCUGUCAGUGCAAUCAAGCCUUUAGUGGAGUACGAUGACAUCAGCUCAGACUCGGACACCUUCUCUGAUCCCCCUUUGGGCAAGGGUGACAAACGUGGACUGGACCGUACGGAGUCUGGCUCAGACUAUGGCAAAAGUGGAGGGGAAAAUAGGAGCCACAAGCAUCGGCAUGCCCACAAGAAAGGAAAAGACUCCCACAGAUCCAAGGAUCCAGGAACUGAAAAAAAGAAGGAAAGGGACCGGGGGUCUACAGGUAAGGGGAGUAAAGAACGAGGUGUGGUUUCCAGGAAGGCCGCGUUUGAUAGUGACCAUGUUACUGUGAAGAGGGGUGAUUCUGUGUCCACCACCCCUGCUGCAGCAUUGUCCUCAAUGCCUAGCAGUACAACAGGGUCCUCUGUGUCCAAGGGCAAAGAGAGUGGGCGCACAGGCAAGUCUCGUAAGGAAAAGCAGCAGAGGCGUGACAAGGGGGAGUCCCGCUCCUUCCAAAAGGAUCGAGCUGACAAGAGCCAUAGGAAGUCAUCCAAGGCAUACAAGGAUAGUCAGCGGAGACAGCGAAGUUUAAGUCCAAAACGUGGAGGGGAUGAUAGUCCUGGGCAUUUGGGAAGCUCCGUAGGAACCUAUGGGCAGGACAGUGAAGAUGGCUAUGAUCAGCAUUACCAUCACCGCCGGCAGCAAAGCCCCAGUCCACCCUCCUACAGAGAGUCAUCGGGCCGCAGUCGUCCACGUUCCUCCAGCUAUGAACGGGAUAGCAGUCCCUAUACCAGCAGGAGGCGCUCCAACAGCCCCUACACGAAUCGUCGUUCAUCUAGCACCAGUCCAGUGUCUAGGCGAUCUGUGAGGUCCCGCAGUCGAAGUCCAGCAGCGUUCUCGUCACGCCGCCCUUCACGGUCCCACAGUAAAAAGCGUUCAUCAGCUUCACGGAGUCGUCAGUCCAGUAUCUCUCCUCCAGCUACACGCUUCCCAUUAAACUCAAGUCUAGGAGCUGAGCUUAGUCGCAAGAAGAGGGAACGUCAGGCAGCUGCUGCUGCUGCAGCUAUCAGUAUAAAGGGCUCACCAGGACCUCGUAAAGAGGAGAGCAAGACCUUAGCACUUGCGCCAGCAUCAUCUGGAUUAAAGAAGGGUGGAAAUAGCAAGCCCGUGCUUCAGAAAAUAGACAAGAUCUCUGAUACCAAGGAGAGCACACCUCCAUCUCAUACUUCUGUUUCUAGUGUCAAAGUUGAGAUCAAAUCUGAAGAUGAAAGUAGAGAACUGGUCCCUGCAGACAACAAUCCUGUUACACCACCCACAACAGAAGAAACCCCAACACCUGUCUCAGAAACACCAAAGGAAGAUAAGACUACAAUUACUCUCCCUCCACCUAUAUUUUCACCUCCUCCUCCCUUGCCAUCUACGACACCCCCUUUACAAAGCCCACCACCUCCUCUGCCUCCUUCUCCAGCCACUCCUCAUUUACCGCCUCCACCCCUACCUGAAAUAUUUUCUCCAAGACACCCUAAGACACAACCUUCUGUUGUCCCCACACCACAGGCAAAGUCUCCCAAUCCCGCUUUAGCACAAAGCCCAAUUCAUCAACUAAUAAUUCACCCUCCUCCCCAGCUGAAAACAUCUACUCUUCCACCACUUCCGCUGCCCCCAAUGCUGCCAGGAGAUGACAGCUUAGACAGUCCAGUGGAAGCUGCUAUGCCACGAUUUAGAAGAGAAAAAGAACCCCGGACCAAACACCUGUUGAGUGACCUACCACUGCCUCCCUCUCUACCUGGGGAUGAUGACACCUCGCCACCUCAGUCUCCUGUCCAUAGGACACCUUUACCACCACAAGCAGUUUUCAAAAAGAGACCAAAGUUCUGCUGCCCACGUUAUGGGGAGAAGAAGCAGACUCAGAGUGACUGGGGAAAGCGCUGUGUUGACAAAUUUGACAUUAUUGGUAUCAUUGGUGAAGGCACUUAUGGACAAGUAUAUAAAGCCAAAGACAAAGAUACAGGGGAGCUUGUCGCUUUAAAAAAGGUGCGUCUUGACAAUGAGAAAGAGGGAUUUCCAAUCACUGCUAUUCGUGAGAUUAAAAUCCUGAGACAGCUCAACCAUCCUAGUGUAGUGAACAUGAAGGAAAUUGUCACAGACAAGCAGGAUGCACUUGACUUCAAAAAAGACAAAGGUGCCUUCUACUUAGUGUUUGAAUAUAUGGAUCAUGACCUGAUGGGUUUGCUGGAAUCUGGCCUUGUGCAGUUCUCAGAAGAACACAUCAAGAGUUUUAUGAGACAGUUGAUGGAAGGGUUGGACUACUGCCACAAAAAGAGUUUUUUGCACAGAGACAUAAAAUGUUCAAAUAUACUACUGAACAACAGGGGGCAGAUUAAGCUGGCAGAUUUUGGUCUAGCUCGCCUCUACAACUCAGAAGAAAGUCGUCCAUAUACCAAUAAAGUAAUUACAUUGUGGUACCGGCCACCUGAACUUCUGCUGGGAGAGGAGAGGUACACUCCAGCCAUUGAUGUCUGGAGCUGUGGGUGUAUUCUGGGGGAGCUGUUUACUAAGAAGCCAAUAUUUCAGGCCAACCAAGAGUUGCCCCAGCUUGAACUCAUCAGUCGCCUCUGUGGAAGUCCUUGUCCUGCAGUGUGGCCUGAUGUGAUCAAGUUGCCAUAUUUUAACACAAUGAAGCCAAAGAAGCAGUAUCGACGACGCCUACGGGAAGAAUUUUCCUUCCUUCCGGCCCAUGCCCUGGACCUGUUUGAUCGAAUGCUAACACUUGAUCCUGCAAGGCGCUGCACAGCAGAGCAGGCGCUUCAAAGUGACUUUCUAUGCAAUGUUGAACCAAGCAAAAUGUCUCCUCCAGAUCUACCACACUGGCAAGACUGCCACGAGCUAUGGAGCAAAAAACGCAGACGUCAGAGACAGAGUGGUGUGAGUGAGGAUGUUACUAUGCCAAAACUUCCACGAAAGGAGCUUCUACCAUUGGUGACCACAGAAAAUAGCCGAGCACACAACAGCCCAGUGAGUGCUCCGCCACCAGCAUCUUCAGGAAACCCCGCGCAGUCAGGAACUGCUGCAGAUGAACUUGUUGGUCUAGGAGAAGCUGCUGGGCAGCUCAAUCAUAAUGAAAUGGCUGUCUUGCUAAAUCUUCUUCAGAGACAAACAGAUCUCAGUCUGCCACAGAUGGCUCAGUUGCUCAAUGUAGGUUCAAACCCUGAAACACAACAGCAAUUGGAGCUGCUCACACAGUCACUAUCUGCACUCACUGAAGCAUCUAAUCAGCAACGAGAGAAACAAAAGAUGGAAGAGCUGGCUACAGAGCCAGUUUCAACACAACCAAGUACUUUGGAGCCUGUAGAACUACCUGAGAAUCCUGCCAACCAGGAAGACUUGUCCAGUCUCUUGGCUUUGCUUCUAGGACAACUGAUCAAACCACAGGAAGCAAUGGAACAAGCCGAUGAAAGCAAUGGUGUACAGUUAGAAGAAGCAUCACUGAAGACUGCCAAUGACCGGAAGGAUUCAAAUGUUAGCAAAAAGAAGAUUUUGGGACCUAGUUUAGGUGUCGUUCCACCAGAGAAGAGGCCACCUGAGCCUCCAGGUCCACCUCCUUGCCCUCCACCACUACCCACUUCAUCAGAGGAGGAGCCUGAAUUUUCAGUCCAUCAAGACCUAAACCCAGCUGUAGCAGCAGCUUUGCUGCAGUUGAUUUCUCAGCAGGAAGGGGAUCCAUUUUCAAAGGGAAGAGGUGAUGAGUCACCAAGUACAAGAAGGGUAGAGCCCUUGAGAGACAUGACCCUGCCCAGUGCUGGGCGAUCAUCCAAUGUCCCUAUAACUGGAACAGCACCCCCAACUAGGACACAAUCUGUAGAAGGACUUCCUCCAUUGGAGAAGCCAGAGUCUCCAAUAAACAAGCCCAGGACUACUUUUACACCUCCCAUUGCAACACAGUUUCCUGGAGACCAGGACCUGAGGUUUAAUCGUGGAUCAAUGGGGAAGCAACAUGCUGAACCCAGUGCUGUAGAGUUAGGCCAAGUCAGCCAGAAUACAUCUGGGCCUAUGGGCUGGGGCUACAGGGGAGCUAGCGGGGCUCAGUCAAGGGAGGGCAGAGGUAAGGGUAUGCCCUAUUGAUCAUACUGUGACUUCAGAGGGAUGGCAUCAAGUGGUGGAGAAACUGUGUAGGCAAGUAGUGGUAAGAUUGCCGACUUCAUAGGCACAAAAUGAAGGUUGAUGAAGAUGAUGGGAGGGUGACGGGGCAUUCAGCAGUUUUAAAACUUUGAAUGUACAAUGUGUAGUUCCUGGGAAGUGUGUACAACUUCCUACUGGUGGAAGCACAUCUCUGACAUACCAGAGCUGAAAAAUUACCUAUUGUUGUUUUUCCUCAGAAGUAAAGAUUGUUGAGGGAUUACUUGAAGAGUUGGGGCAUUACUCUAUCCUGGUAAACACCCCACCUCACCUCCACAGUUUGACAUUUCAUAUGAAAAGCUCCUGGCUCAGAGGGAAGGCACAGUGAUUCUUUACAGCCUCCUUUGGUGUGGCUUAAGGGCAUAGCUGUGUUUGCAGGGGGUUCCAAGUAGACAGUUUGUAGACACAUAGUAUGUGUGUUCCUAUUACUUCUGCACAAAGUGCAAAUACUGUUCCUUGAGCUGUAUAAAGAAAAUAAUUUUAAAAGUAAAUCAUAAUUAAAAAUAAGGGGCUUCAACAGCAGAUUCUGUCAAACCACUUUACCUGUUAAAUUAUGAUUUGGGCACUUGGACAAACCCUUACCCCUGGAGCAUUUGAAGAGGACCAUUCUGAAGACCAUCACCUGCAUAUCUUCAUAUUACCAUUUCUUUUUACAGUGAAAUCUUUAUGCAGUCCAGAUGUGUCAUAAACAAAUGGAGGUAGUUACCCUGGUGGAAAUGUAUGCAGAAUGGUCUGCUUAGUGGAUCCGUAAGAGGGGGGUUUCCACACACUUGCUUGGUUCCUGAUGAGUUGCAGCAAUGUGUAUGGUUUCAUUGCUGGGCAUGUUUCUCUCACUUCUCAUAAAUCUUACCACACAUUGACACACACCAUCCUAAAGACUAGACUUGUGGAGUUAAAUAGAUCAGACACAUAAGCUGUGCUGCUGGAUUAUCAGAGCUAUGUUGAUUUUCCAUAUUUUGUAGCACAAGCCUUGGCAUGACCUGUUCUGGCUUAUCAGUUUAAUCCAACAUGUACAGUACUUAAAACUAGUAUCCCACUAGUUCUGGUCCUUUUUAGAAAACUGCCAGUGUAGCCUGUCCUGAUUGUUGGCUAUUUAAACAGGUCAGCCACAGAUUUAGCCCACUAGAGGGUGCUUUUGAUACAGAAUCCAAUGUUUUGAUGGAUCCCCGACAACAACUACUGUAGUGCACAGCCUCGGUUAUGACACUCACUGUUCCUGCUCCCUGCAGCACCUUUUGCUGUUAACCCCUGGCUAGGCUCUUCUGUCUCCCUCUUCCCUUCAUCCCUUGGCAGCCCCUGUUGGCACACAGAAGUGCCUUGCUGUCUGUGCGCAUGCUGUAUAAUCUGCAGCAAUUAUAAUUUUGUUCACUUAGUUUUUGUAAUUAAAGAAAUAAUUUUGUCCCUCCAGAUUUUGGAGAAUAA